UCAAAACUUAUACCCUUCGUUCGCUAGUUGAGUGACUAAAUAGUGAGCUACUCUACCUUUAAGGCACACAACUGCUAAAUUCAAACAUAAUAAUCGACAGAGCAAACUUCAUUACGAUCUUCAGAUUUUUUUGUAACUAUUUGAAAUUGGUUAGGCAGCCUGUAUAGUUUAUCAAUGCGAAGACGCCGCCAAUGCUUGAUAGGCUGGCAGAGGCCGCUUUUUACUUUGAAACUGGUUGCUCAAACCGUAUAUAAUCAGUUAAGUGAAGGCAUUUGCGCAUAUAAGUUAGCUGGCAGUAGGACAAGCUAAAGACUUCAACUUAACGCUCGAUUACACAAUUUCACAUUAUCUCGAAACUGCACACGAGUACAUCGAUAUAGACCAAAACACACACACACCGGCGAAUAUAUAUAUUUAUAUAGUGAGAGAUGAUGAUGCUGCAUCGCAUCCGACAAUUACUUUUAUAUGGACUGUGUCUGCUCGGCCUGGUUGUCAUCUGUGCUCCAGCGUCAAGUGAAUCGCGACGGGUGAUCUUCUUGGCGCCACCCGGCAUUUCUCGAGGUCAGAUAUUGGCCACACAUGGCUUGGAGAAGCCCUGCCAGCAGUGUCACAUGCGGGAUCAUCGUGGUAACUGCCGUCGCAUUAUAUCCUACAGCACAGAUGGCGUGCAAUGCUAACAUAAACUCCGGUCGUAGAUUUCCCAUGGCCAUCAUCAACUGAAUCUCGAACUCUCUCAGAAAAGCUCAAAAAAAAAAAGAAAACCAAAUCGCGUCAUUAUUCGUAUUUAUUAAAUUUCAGUGCACUAUUUAUUACAUUAAUUUCACACAUUUUUUUUUUUGUCUUCUGUUAAUAAAUUAUGAUGGAAUUUUACAAGUAUUGCAUAAA